GACAGACACGUGCACCGCACCCACCCGAGAGAAAAUAUAUAGCGUUUAGGCAUCGAGUGCGCCCCUUGACUGUGAUGCGGCGGCGCUCAGCUUUGAGCGGCUCGGUCCUGUGUGCAGCCUGGGCGCACUCUCUUGGUCAUCGUCCAUGUCGGCCGUCUUGUGUUGUAUCUCUCGCAGCACCCUCUGCAUGUCUCGCACCUCUUGCCGAAGGGAACUGUUCUCCUCCUUCAGCCGGUCAUGGCGCGCCUGCAACUCACGGACAGCCGCGCUGUCCUCGGCAUUGCCAGAUUGUUGGGCCGCCCGAGUCAGGCCGAGGAGAGUAUACGUGAGAGCGCCGAUCUUCUUCCUUUUCUCGAUGGGGAGUGCCCCCAGAAUGCGUUUGAAGUCGUCGGCAAUGGCGACCUCAGCGGCCACAUUGUCGUGCACGUGUGGGAUCGGUAGGGCGGCCAGGAGGGGCUUGAGGCUGGUGGAUCGGUAGUGGCGGAACAGAGGGAAGAAUGUCUCGAUUUCGCCCUGCAGCUCACGCAGCUGGGUGGACACGGCGAUCGACUCGGCCUCGCGGAAACGCAGCUGGUCCUCCAACUCUGACUGACGCUCCGAAAACUUGCUGCAGGCAGACAGACAGACAGACAGGCAAAGAGACAGGAGACAUCAGUUUGGUGCUCUGUGUGUCUUCUGCCUGCCUGACCUUUCGAGUGUGGUGAUGAGUUGCUGCAUCUGUCUGGGGUGCUGUCUCCUCAUGUCGAUGAGCUCCUUGUGCGUGGCAUCCAACUCUUCCUUGAUGGUCUCUGUGCGGGCCUGGUGGUGGGCCACGGAGGCCUUGAGCUCACUGAGCACACGGUCGAACAGCUCCACAUAGGUCCGCCAUAUCUUCUCCAACACCAUGCCCCUCUCCAGACAGUGGUGCGUCACCUGCCGCACCAACUCAUGCAGCCCGAUAGACAAGAUCGGCAGCAAGUUCUCCACAGCCUCAAAAAGGUCCUCCUUGCGACUCAGGCGCAGCGCAUACUUCUCAAUCGUCCCGCUCACCCACUGGUCCAGAAACACGGCGUCGGCACGGCUGGACGGCUUGCCAGAGGGAAAGACCACAGUGUGCCACUUCUGGUCAGUCUCACGAUAGGUUGCUCCUCUGGAUGGGAACAGAGAGGCCUCUGUGACGCGGUCGCCUUGGGGGAUGAGAGAGGCGGGCAGCCGGGGCGUGAGGAAGUGGGGCCGCUCCUUCCGGUAUGAUAUAUCGCCUGUGGGUUGCCCCUUGGCCGCCGUGCCCUCCAUCUCCUUUAGUAUGGGCAGCUUCUGACUCGCCGCUGACGACGCAAAUGUAGCGCUGGAUAAUGUGUGUAGGUGCUUCUCCAGCAGGUCGGCAGCAGCCGGCCGGCCCCUCGUGCUUCUCAUGGUCGUUGCCUUCUUCGUGUCCGCUGCUGCUGGGGCCUGCGCCUUGCGGGCAGAGGCCUUUUUCGCUCUCGAAACAUCGGAUUCCCCUUGGCGAUCGUUCUCAGGACUGCGACGCGUCGAUUUCCGGCUUUGUUGUGCCGCAUGUGGUCCCUUUGGUCCCUCGGUGGAUGUGGCGGCUGUGGCGUCACGUCGAGGGCUGACUGGAGGUGAGCGUCUGGAGAGGGGCUGUGAGUCGACGGGCUCCGACGAAUCCUCGACAAGGCUGAUGUCUGCAAGCGUCCUGGUCUUACUCUCCAUGUAGGCGAUGUGUGCCGCGGAAGUCAU